CCGGCGGGGCGAGCGCGGCUCCCUGCAUGUGGGAAGUGAGGAGGCGAGCCAGGGACCCCGGCGGCACCGGCGAGCACCCGGCGGCGCGGUCCUGAGCCGCCCGCCCGCCAUGGAUUGCAGCCUCCUGCGGACUCUCGUGAGCCGAUACUGUGCUGGAGAAGAGAAUUGGGUGGACAGUCGCACUAUUUAUGUUGGGCAUCGUGAGCCACCUCCAGGCGCUGAAGCAUACAUUCCRCAGAGAUUUCCAGAUAACAGAAUAGUCUCAUCAAAGUACACGUUUUGGAACUUUAUACCAAAAAAUUUGUUUGAGCAAUUCAGAAGAAUAGCUAACUUCUAUUUUCUCAUCAUUUUCCUUGUUCAGUUAAUUAUUGAUACACCUACUAGCCCAGUUACAAGUGGACUUCCACUUUUGUUUGUCAUUACUGUUACAGCUAUCAAACAGGGUUAUGAAGAUUGGCUGCGACAUAAAGCUGACAAUGCAAUAAAUCAUUGCCCUGUUCAUUUCAUUCAGCAUGGUAAACUGGUUAGAAAGCAAAGCCGAAAAUUAAGAGUUGGAGAUAUUGUAAUGGUAAAAGAAGAUGAAAAAUUCCCAUGUGAUUUAAUAUUCCUAUCAAGUAGUAGAGGAGAUGGAACAUGUUUUGUUACAACAACUAGUUUGGAUGGUGAAUCCAGUCAGAAAACUUACUAUGCUGUUCAAGACACAAAGGCAUUUCACAAUGAACAAGAAAUCGAUGCAUUGCAUGCUACCAUUGAAUGUGAACAACCUCAGCCUGACCUUUAUAAAUUUGUUGGUCGAAUAAAUGUUUACCAUGAUAGGAAUGAGCCUAUUGCAAGGCCAUUAGGUUCUGAAAAUCUGCUUCUUAGAGGAGCCACUUUAAAGAACACAGAAAAAAUAUUUGGUGUUGCUAUCUACACUGGCAUGGAAACUAAGAUGGCAUUAAAUUACCAAUCAAAAUCACAGAAGCGAUCUGCUGUAGAGAAAUCAAUGAAUGUAUUUCUUGUUGUAUACCUCUGUAUUCUUGUCAGUAAAGCACUAAUAAAUACUAUUCUGAAGUAUGUCUGGCAGAGUGAACCAUUUCGUGAUGAGCCAUGGUAUAAUCAGAAAACAGAGCCUGAACGGAAAAGAAAUUUGUUUCUUCAGGCUUUUACAGACUUCCUUGCAUUCAUGGUCCUUUUCAACUACAUUAUUCCUGUAUCCAUGUAUGUCACUGUGGAAAUGCAGAAAUUCCUUGGUUCUUACUUCAUUACAUGGGAUGAGGAAAUGUUUGAUGAGGAUACAGGUGAAGGACCACUGGUGAAUACUUCUGACCUCAAUGAGGAGUUGGGACAGAUUGAGUAUGUCUUCACAGAUAAAACAGGAACAUUAACUGAGAACAACAUGGAAUUCGUAGAAUGUUGCAUUGAAGGGCAUGUUUAUGUACCAGAUGUUAUCUGCAAUGGACAAGUUCUYCAUGAUGGUACAGGCAUUGAUAUGAUUGAUUCAUCUCCAGGAGGUAGUGGAAAGGAGAGAGAGGAACUAUUUUUCCGAGCUCUUUGUCUUUGCCACACCGUUCAGGUAAAGGAUGAUGACAGCGUAGAUGGAUUGAAGAAAAACGAGUUCUCAAGAAAAUCUUGUAUAUAUAUAUCAUCAUCACCUGAUGAAGUUGCUUUAGUUGAAGGAAUACAGAGACUUGGUUACACCUAYCUAAGGCUGAAGGACAAUUAUAUGGAGAUCUUAAAUCGGGAAAAUAACAUAGAAAAGUUUGAAUUAUUGGAGGUUUUGAGUUUUGAUUCUGUGAGACGGCGAAUGAGUGUAAUUGUUAAAUCUUCAACAGGUGAUAUAUUUCUGUUUUGUAAGGGAGCAGAUUCCUCCAUAUUUCCUAGGGUUAAAGAAGGUAAAAUUGACCAAGUACGAGCCCGAGUAGAACGCAAUGCAGUGGAGGGACUGCGAACACUSUGUGUUGCAUAUAAAAAGCUCACAGCAGAAGAAUACAGCAAUGUACAGAAGCUGCUUCAGAGUGCAAAGUUGGCCCUUCAGGACCGGGACAAGAAAUUGGCAGAAGUGUAUGAGAAGAUAGAAACAGAUUUUAUUUUACUUGGUGCUACAGCUGUUGAAGAUCGACUACAAGAAAAAGCUGCUGACACUAUUGAAGCACUCCAGAAAGCAGGAAUUAAAGUUUGGGUUCUGACAGGAGACAAAAUGGAGACUGCUGCAGCUACUUGCUAUGCUUGCAAACUCUUCCGAAGAAAUACACAAUUACUUGAGCUAACCACAAAGAAAAUCGAGGAGCAGAGUUUACACGAUGUGCUUUUUGACCUAAGGAAAACUGUCCUCAGAGACAAUGGCAGCUUAACCAGGGAUACCUUCUCAGGACUUUCAACUGAUAUGCAAGAUUAUGGUUUAAUUAUUGAUGGAGCAGCAUUAUCAUUAAUAAUGAAAACAAGACAAGAUGGGAGCUCUAGUAACUACAGAGACCGCUUUCUUGAAAUUUGUAGGAACUGCAGUGCAGUGUUAUGCUGUCGAAUGGCACCUCUGCAAAAAGCACAGAUUGUAAAGUUGAUUAAGUUAUCAAAAGAACAUCCUAUCACAUUAGCAAUUGGUGAUGGAGCAAAUGAUGUCAGUAUGAUUCUAGAAGCACAUGUUGGUAUAGGAGUCAUUGGCAAAGAAGGUCGUCAAGCAGCAAGAAACAGUGACUAUGCAAUACCUAAAUUUAAACAUUUGAAAAAAAUGUUGCUUGUUCAUGGGCAUUUUUAUUACGUUAGAAUAUCUGAACUUGUGCAAUACUUCUUUUAUAAGAAUGUCUGCUUCAUUUUUCCUCAGUUUUUAUAUCAGUUCUUCUGUGGGUUUUCACAACAGACUUUAUAUGAUACUGCGUAUCUAACACUGUACAAUAUCUGCUUCACCUCCCUUCCUAUCCUCUUGUACAGUCUAAUGGAACAACAUAUCAGUGCAGAAACACUCAAGAGAGAGCCUUCCCUGUACAGAGAUGUUGCCAAGAAUGCUUUGUUGCGCUGGCGUGUAUUUAUUUAUUGGACAUUCCUAGGAGUGUUUGAUGCUGUGGUAUUUUUCUUUGGUGCCUAUCUCUUGUUAGACAACACAGUUGUGACCAGCAAUGGACAGGUGUUUGGAAAUUGGACCUUUGGAACAGUGGUGUUUACUGURCUUGUAUUUGUGGUUACAUUUAAGCUUGCACUAGAUACACACUACUGGACGUGGAUAAAUCACUUYGUGAUCUGGGGAUCACUGCUAUUCUACAUUGUCUUUUCUCUGCUCUGGGGAGGAAUUAUUUGGCCUUUUCUCAAUUAUCAGAGGAUGUAUUACGUGUUCAUGCAAAUGCUGUCCAGUGGUCCUGCAUGGCUGGGUAUAAUUCUGCUCAUAACUGUCAGCCUUCUUCCAGAUGUUCUGAAGAAGGUCUUAUGCAGGCAGUUGUGGCCUACAGCAACAGAAAGAAUCCAGAAUGCAUCAAGGCACUGUCGGGAGCACAUCUCAGAAUUCACACCUCUUGCCUGUCUGAAAAGCCCAAGAUACAGAAGCAGUGACUGCAGCAAUUCCCCAGCAAGAAGGUCUAAUUCCCAUUCUAAAAAAGUGAUGUUUACGCAGUGGAAAGGCGUUGAUUAUUCAGUACUUCCAUCUGUCUUUGGCUACUCAAAUAAGCAUUGCCGUUCCAGUGCAGGCUACCACUACAGUGGGUCAGGUUUGGAAACGKCCAUAUGACGGAACACCAAGUCAAGCCUUUAAAAACUAUGGUUUUGUUUAUUUCCUUUUUCAGGAAACAAACACGUCACAGAAAUAUAUUAAACUGUAUGUGGCUUUUGCUGUCUGAGUUAGUGUUGAGAGAACCAGGAUCAAGAGCUAGAAGUCUGAACCCUUCCAGGCCAAUAGGCCUCUUUUUAUGUUUUGAACUACUGGAGCAAUGAACAAUCUGCACAGUCUGGUACUGUGAGACUAGUAGCACUAAAAAUUCUCUUCAUCCUG